AUGGUUGAUCGCGAGCAGCUGGUGCAGAAAGCCAGGCUGGCUGAACAGGCUGAAAGAUAUGAUGAUAUGGCAGCUGCCAUGAAAUCGGUAAGUCUCUCCUCCAAAACCAUUGCAUGUGAAUUGGCUAUGAAUAAGGUCUAUGAUAUGGUGUUCAAUGAAACAUUGAUUUAUCUACAAUGUAAUUCUAAUAAAUAUGAAUGAUCUCUAUUUAGAUAUUGGAUUGCAUUCCUAGAGAUUUUUCAUGGAUGUGAUGUGUAUAGAACUUAAACAAUUUGAUAUUAGAUUCAGUAAAGGUUUUGCCAGCAAUCCUAGACAUCACUACACUGCAUUGCAAUAGCCUACACCAAAACUAGCCUACACCAUUCAGAAUAUCAAGUCUGUUUCAUAGGGCUCAAUCACUGUUUAAUUAUAACGAAUAGAAUAGCCUGCAUGUGGAGCUCAAACAUUCAAGAAAGGCAAUCAAUGUAUGCUAUCGAAUGCUCCUUGGGCGGUGCCUUUCUCGUGCCUUUAAAAUAAAUGUAGUGGAGUAAUAUUACCACGAAAUGUAUUCAGAGGCACCAAAGAACAUUGAUUUCUCUGUCAAACGUGUCCCUCACAUUACAACAUUUGAAAAAUGUUUUAUGCCACUGGGCACAGACGUCGAUUCAACGUCUAUUCCACGUUGGUUUUAACGUAAUUUCAUUGAAAUGACGUAGACACAACUUUGAUUCAACCAGUGUAUGCCCAGUGGGACUUAAUUCCCCAUGUGAUCUAUUAAAUUCAGAUCAUUUAGAAUUUGGUCUUUAGGAUUGUGCCAUGUGAGGUUGCUCGAAUAUUGAUAGAUUUUUCCUGUAAUAUCUAGAUUGAAUUAAAUAAUAGCCUAGUAAUAAUAGUAAUAUUUGUUAAAUUAUAUUUGUGAGUUAAAUGUGUCCUCUUGAUAAUAUAUAUAUAUAUAUAUGUAUGUGUAUAUAUAUAUAUAUAUAUAUAUAUAUAUAUAUAUAUAUAUAUAUAUGUGUGUGUGUGUAUGUGUUCAUAUAGGCUACAGAUGUUCUCUGGAUAAGGAUCUAUUCCUGCAUAAAUGGUUGUUCAGUUUCCAGUUCUUUACAUAAAACAAAUGUAGGAGACAGCAUAAUUUUGUCGUAUUGCAGUGAGUCAAUGAUCAGAUUGGAUAUUGAUCCUUUAGUGUUCAGUCGUUGAGCUACAUUAAGUUACUUGAUCACAUUAUCAUUCUGCAUUGCACCUGUAUGUCGCAUUGUGUGUCACUGUCAACGUGUGCAGUAGCCUCUAGACAUACUAUAUGUUUGGAUAUGGAUGAGCUGUGUGUUCUUUAAAGUAAUUGAAUGACAUUUAGAUUAUUGUUUGGUUUAUUGAUACAGGUCUCACACUGUGUGAAAAAUGCGUUGUCAUUAGGCCCUAAACCUAUAUGCCCAGUCUCCUCCAAUCAUUAUGUAGCCUAGCCUAGUGCUUUAGAAUUAAAACUAUACUCAACAACUGUUUUUUCACCCUGUAAUGAAAGAAAAUCUUAAGCAUUAUUAUUACUACCUAAUAAUACUUUCUGUCUCAGAUUUCUGGUUGCAAGCAACAUAAUUGUAGUGAUAUGUGCAUGUGGGAUUCCUUUCCCUUUAAGCAAUCUGCUGUGUCAGUGCAUGCAGUCAGAACUGGGCCUUUUGCAGUGUAGGGGUGUGUACUCAUUCCCCUCUCCUAUGGGAAAUUCCUUGCCACUGCAGCCAGGGUUCACUUGAUGGCAGGAAAAAGCAAUGAGAAGUAUACUUUUAUGUUGAGAUCUCACCUUGACCAGUACAGUACAAUAUUACCCUGCAUGCAUUGGUUCCUUAAUGCAUCAAUGCAGUAAGAUGCAACUAUAGGCAGUGCUGCUUUGUCAGUGAAUGCAUUGAAUGUCAUUGAAGGCAUUUUUAUUUUUUAAAUAUGUAAUGCAUUUACAGUAGCAUAAUGUGUUCAGGAUAGUCGUGACAGAUUUUUACCCAGCCCAUCAAUAAUUGUUCGGCCUGGCAAUUAGGUAUUCAGAUCAGUAUGGUAGGCUGCCUCUCUAUAUUUAUAUUUACUGACAUCAGCAUUUUGGUACAAUGAUGAUUCACUGACAAGAAUUGCAUAUGAUGGGCUUUUCCAACAUCACUUGUGUUCUUUUGCACUCUCUGUUCAUUAUGUUUCUUACGGAUCCAUCACAAUCAGAUGGACUAACAAUUAGAUAGUAAUUGAACAUUUGCUUAGUAAUGCCAUGGCAUUUGAGCUGUGAAUUGUAUGUUCUUGCAUUUCAAGCUGGGAAGGAAAAAGGCCUGUUUAGAAAUAUUCUGUCAUCCAUGCACACGAUGGCUGUGAUGUCACCUUUCAGCCGCAUCCUUUGUGCUCCUCUAUCAGGCUGGGAGGGGAAUGUCACAUCAGCUCACCAGAAAGGAGCAACGUUAGCUUCUCAAUGAGAGAGAGCACUUUGCUAGAAUGGGCCACUCAUUAAGCUGUAUUUUCUCUGUAGCUGUAUUUAAACUGUAGCAUUUUGCUGUCUGCAUCUUCCCUCUCUAUAGUUCUAAUCUAGAUAAUCUAAUUGUUUUGCAGAUAUUGAUUUAGGUGGGGAUAAAAACGUGUGUUUUAUCGAUGUAAGGUAAUCUGGAAGUGGACUGGAAGUGAUAUUGAUCGUCUCAGGUCUUUUCAGUUGCUCUUAAUGUGAUAUUCAACACAGAUAGGGGGGUCGUUCCACAAAAUACGUGUCUUUUGCAUCCCUUUGGUAUUUAAAGUAGAAAUGUUGCACCAAUAUUGCAUUUUAAAAGCCUGUUUAAAUGAAGUACCCUUUAAUAUAGACCACAUGGAUAAUUCAAUAAAUCAGAUUUCUAAUAUGAAUAAAGAUUCAGCAUUUUGACAUGUCACUCUGUGCACCCUCUGUGAAUUCCAAAAAGACUUUAACCUACUUAACCCCAGAAUUUCAUCAUCAUUCUAAAGCCCUAGUUAUUUAGUUGUUUUGAAAAAGUCAUUUCUUAAUACUAUUAUUUAUUUCAUGUGAUUAUUGAUUCAUUUUAAGGUAAAAAACAAACAAAAAAACUUGUCCCUCAUUUUAAGGUCUACCCUGUUACGUGAACUGAAAUCUCAUUUUAAUAUGUUGAAACUAUUCCUUUUAAAAAAAAAGUUUCAAAAGAAACAAAUCAAAUGUUAUUUGUCACAUGCUUCGUAGACAACAUAUGUAGACUAACAGUGAAAUGCUUACUGACGGGUCCUUUUACAACAAUGCAGAGUUAAAGAGAAGAUACAAAAUAAAAUAAACAUUGAACAUCUAAUAGUCAAAUCAUAGUGUAAAAGCAGGUGAGCUGGUUCUUUGGCAAUUUUCUGUUUUUUUUGUGGUGGAAAACUGAGUGGGUCGAGCAUAUCACAUCAACCCUGUUACCCAUAGAUAGACAGGCUAGAAAUGUUUUAACAAUUUCAUUUAGUUUUUUGAAGCUUGCAUUCAAUUGUCCCUUCCUGUUGCACACAAACUUCCAUUCCCCGUCACAAGGGAAUUUAUGGUAGAUGUAUGAUGUCAACCGUGUUAUUUUAUAUUUAACCUCUUGAGAUUUGAAAACAUGUUUUUUAUUAAGUUUUUAUUAAAUCAAACCUUUUUUUCACCAAGUUACAUAUCUCAAAAGGCACCAAAUUGUUGGAAUGACCCAGGGAAGAUACUGUAUAUGUGACAUUUGUGUGUGGGUUAAACUGUUGAGAAUAUUUAUUUUUACCUAUUGUAAUUUGCUACCCAAUGUCUUUCAGUCAGAGACACUAAAUACCUUGUAGGUUAGUAGAACGAGGUCAGGAUUUACAACGUUAAAAGUUCAAAGGUUACUGUUGUGCUUUUUACAGUACACUAUUUGACAUUCCCGGGAUUAACACGUUACCUCCUACCUUUUACGUAUAGAGUCAAGUAGUAGGUGAAAAGCAUGUCCAGGGUGACAGCAUUACAAGGGGUUUUAGACAGGUGAAAAGGUCAGUUUAAAGCAGAGGAGAAGGUCAGGGAGACACAGGAACUGCCUGUGCGAUGAUCGACUGACCGUCUACACUUACACUGCAGCUGCCUCUGGAUUCCUUGUGGGAACAUAGCUACCUCCAACCCUCUGCCCCCUCUCCAGUCCCAACCCCCACUCUCUCUCAAUAUCUUCAAUAUGGUUCUCCACUUGCUAGCAUUAGCUGUCCACAUGGCAGCUGGAGCUACUGGUGCACUAAGUGAGCUGAUUGCCAUGGAAACUAAUUGAAUCUUGCUCAUUCCCAAUGCAGUGCCGUAUGUGCAUCCAGUUAGAAUAAUAACAGAACAUACUGUACAGUAGAUAUGAUAGGUAUGAUAUUGUAUAGGGCUGUGACAUAGAGUACAAUAAAUGCUCUGGUAUGAUUUCAUGUAAAACCAUACCUUCUGUCCGUGAUAUUGUUUAAAAAAAAAAAACUGUUUACGUUCAUGAAUGCAUAACAUAGUUUUUUUUGGCUGUCUUACACAGGAUAGUGCAUUUAUGACCACUGCUCUGUCCCCUCCCCAGGUAACAGAGCUCAAUGAGGCCCUAUCUAACGAGGAGAGGAACCUCCUGUCUGUGGCCUAUAAGAAUGUGGUGGGGGCCCGCCGUUCCUCUUGGAGGGUGAUCUCUAGCAUCGAGCAGAAGACCUCUGCAGAUGGAAAUGAGAAAAAGAUUGAAAUGGUUCGGGCCUACAGAGAGAAGAUUGAGAAGGAGCUGGAGGCUGUGUGUCAGGACGUGCUCAACCUGCUGGAUAACUACCUGAUCAAGAACUGCAAUGAAACGCAGCACGAGAGCAAGGUGUUUUACCUGAAGAUGAAGGGCGACUACUACCGCUACCUGGCCGAGGUGGCCACGGGCGAGAAGAGGGCCACCGUCAUCGAGUCAUCAGAGAAGGCUUACAACGAGGCCCAUGAGAUCAGCAAAGAGCACAUGCAGCCCACCCACCCCAUCCGCCUUGGCUUGGCUCUUAACUACUCUGUGUUUUACUAUGAGAUCCAGAAUGCCCCUGAGCAGGCCUGUCAUCUGGCCAAGACCGCCUUCGAUGACGCUAUUGCUGAGCUGGACACCCUGAAUGAGGACUCCUACAAAGACUCAACUCUCAUCAUGCAGCUGCUCCGAGACAACUUAACACUGUGGACAAGUGACCAGCAGGAUGACGAGGGAGGGGAGGGCAACAAAGAUUAA